AUGAAGCCAUUCCCAGAAGCUCCCGGGGGGCACACCCCUAAGACCUUCCCCUUCAACCUCCUCCGAUGGCGAUUCCUCCCCAUCUUCCUCGGCCUAAGCUACAUCCUCUACUGCAAACUCACCUCCCAACCCAUCUUCGCCCAUCCACUCCCCCAACACACUGGCCCCUACGCCGUUGGCGCAAUCGAUAUCGAAUCCCCCGUUAUGCCCGUGCGCACCAUUGACACAGCACGAUUCAAGGCAACUUCCACCCCCGCCUUCGACCUCCAAACCGUCCUCUUCACCGUUUACUACCCCACCACCUACGCCGCCGCCAAAGCCUCAACCGUCAAACGCCACCCUUGGAUCCCACGACCACUUUACCUCCGUGCUCAGGGUUACGCCAAGGCGGCGCACAUCAGCAACUGGCUUGUCAAUAAAAUCUUUGAGAUUGCACUCAAGACGCUGGCCGGGAGCAUCACCAUCCCCGCUGCGGUUGACGCCCCGCUAAGCGACACCGCGACAAGAUACUCCCAGUUUGCGACUUCAUGGGACAAGGCAGAGACACAGGAGCAGGUGCUGGAGAAUGCACAGGUGGGAGGUCACCCGGUUAUCAUCUUUUCUCAUGGGACUGUAUCCAGUAGGACGGAUUACUCUCAUUAUGCUGGGGAGCUCGCGGCGAGGGGGUACGUGGUUGUUAUGCUUGAGCAUCGAGAUGGGUCUUGCCCGGGGAGUAUGAUCAAGCGGAAGGGACUGCCGAAGGAGAAGAGGCUCAUUUUCGAUGAGAGUGAGGUUGAGACUGCUGAUGGGAGGGAGAUCAGCGUGGAGGACUUCCACAAGGCGCAGCUCAGCUUUCGGGAGGCGGAGAUUGAAGAGGCGGUUAGGGUUAUGAAGUUGAUUAAUAUGGGGCGAGGCGCGGAUGUGUAUGAGUUGAACCCCAGAGGCGAGGGGGUGGAUCUUGUUAACUGGGCCGGGCGGUUGAACACAGAUGAGAUGAUCGUUGCCGGACAUAGUUAUGGAGCGACUGGGGCCAUGCAAGCUUUACGUGGAGGGCCGACGCCAAUGAGGCCGUUCAAGGGCGCUAUCAUCCUUGACCCUGGGAAGCAAAGCGGUCCGUUGAACAGAGAUAUCAACGUCCCCAUGCUUGUGGUGCACAGCAAUUCUUGGAGCAGCAAGACGAGCAUCUUUUAUGGAAGGGCGCACUUUGACACGGUGAAGGAGAUCGUGGAGGAGAAUAAUGAGAGGGGGAAUCCGACCUGGUUUAUGACUUCUCUGGGCACCUCGCAUCCCAGUGUGACGGACGCGCCGUUAUUGGAGCCUUGGAUUCUGAGCUUCACGACUGGGGCAACAAUUGAUGUUUAUCAGGGGUUGAGACAGUAUGUACAUGUUGCGGAGGACUUCUUGGCGUUUUUGGGUGAUGGAAAGGCAAGGGGGUUGCUGGCUGAGAGGGCUGAGUUUCCUCAGUACGACGCUGGUUCUGGGUUGGGGAUGUGGCAGCCUGGUCAGGGUGAUAACCAGCAGGCUUGGGAGGAGAAGGGGGAGUGGUGGGAUUGGAGGAGUUACUGGCAGAUUCAUGUGUCUCCUGCGGGAAAUGGUGACAAGAACUGA